GAAGGUUUCAUGUCCGAACCGUUUGUUUGACUCCUUCCUUUACGUUUCACAAUCGCAUUUGCUAUCAGAUCGAUGUUAUUUCACUCUCUUUAUUUGAUGAUCGAUGAUGAAAAAAAGAUUGAGAUUCAAUUAAGGUCUGAUCAUACAUACACAAAAUGGCUACCGCUAGUACCGGUAGCAAACAGGCUAAGGAAGUGAUCCGAUUGGAGCGUGAAGCUGUAAUUCCAGUUUUGAAGCCUAAGCUCAUCAUGACUUUGGCCAACCUCAUUGAACAGAGUUCUGACCGAUCAGAAUUCUUGAAGCUCUGCAAGAGAGUUGAGUACACGAUUCGAGCAUGGUAUCUUCUUCAGUUUGAAGAUCUUAUGCAACUAUAUGCACUCUUUGAUCCAGACUAUGGAGAUCAGAAACUGCAGCAACAACAUUUGUCCUCGGAUGAGGUUGAUGUUCUUGAACAAAACUUCCUGAACUACAUGUUUAAGGUAAUGGAAAAGAGUAAUUUUAAGAUUGCUACCGAGGAGGAGAUUGCGGUUGCACAAUCAGGGCAAUAUCGUCUAAAUCUUCCCAUCUCAGUGGAUGAAUCAAAGCUUGAUAAGAACCUGUUAAAGAGGUACUUUUCCGAGCAUCCUAGAGAAAACCUUCCUGACUUUGCAGAUAAGUAUAUAAUUUUUCGACGUGGUAUUGGAAUUGAUCGGACAACUGAUUACUUUAUAAUGGAGAAGGUGGACAUGCUCAUUUCCCGUAUAUGGGGAUGGAUCAUGAGAGUGACUAGGCUAGAGAAGUUAUUUCCUAAAAAAACAAGGGCAAUAAUUAGGAAAGUUAUGAAGAAAGAGGAUGAAACCAAAGAUAUAAAGAAAGAAGGUGAAAAUAGUGAUGAAGAAUUUCAGGAUGACUUGUAUGUUGAGCGGAUCCGUAUUGAAAAUUUGGAUUUCAGUUUACAGAAUUUGGCAAGUAAGAUUACAAUCCAAGAACCUACAUUUGACAGGAUAAUUGUGGUUUACAGGCUAGCAGGCAGUAAGGCAAAAAAGGAAAGAGGGAUAUAUGUGAAACAUUUAAAACAGAUCCCAAUGGCAGAUAUGGAAAUAGUAUUGCCUGAGAAGAAAAAUCCAAGUCUAACACCUAUGGACUGGGUCAAAUUCCUUACCACUGCUGUACUUGGUCUGGGAGCUGCCACUGGUUCAAUCCAGACACCCGAAGCUGACUUUUGGGUCAUUGUUGCUGUUGUGUCUUCAGUGAUUGGAUACUGUGCCAAAAUAUACUUUACGUUUCAGGCAAAUAUGGAAAUGUAUCAGAACUUAAUUACACAAUUCAUGUAUGACAAACAACUGGAUAGUGGAAAAGGAACUCUUCUUCAUUUGUGUGAUGAUGUGAUUCAACAAGAAGUAAAAGAGGUGAUCAUUUCUUUUUUUAUAUUGAUGGAACAGGGCAAAGCAACUUUAAAGGAACUUGACAAAAAAUGUGAGGAACUAAUAAAUGACGAGUUUGGUGAGAGAUGCAACUUUGAUGUGGAUGAUGCUGUCCAAAAAUUAGAAAAGCUGGGUAUUAUUGCUAAGGUGAGUUUGCACCUCUGUUUUUCUCUUUCUUAG